UUCGCCCCCUCAUCUCCUUCCCUCUCUAAAUGACACAACUCCCAUGUUCCGUUAAACCUCUGGCCAUAUUUUCCGAACAACUUUCUUUUUUCCCCCCCGCGGGACAUUUUUCCGGGGCCGAAACUUUUCUGGCGUGUGAUCGUUUCUGGAGUUGACACAGCAGUCGUUCGCUCUCAUAUGUGGAUUCUUUGGAAAAGCCCAUUUUAACAGCCCAGGAAAUGCAGCGUUUUCUCCCGCCCAGAGGGAUCGCUGCUUAACUGAAUCCCGACAUGGAAGAACAUACAGAUAUCUCCAAAAACAAAUAAGUACGCUAUGAGGAUUUAAAUGUUUAUGUUAACGCACAGCCUGCUGUGAUUCAGCUCCAUCUCGUCAAAAUGAUGUUUUCGUCCCUCUCGCUGUCUCAGGAUGAGUUCCAUCCGUUCAUUGAGGCUCUGCUACCCCAGGUUCGUGCCUUUGCCUACACGUGGUUUAACCUCCAGGCCAGGAAAAGGAAGUACUUCAAAAAACAUGAGAAGAGGAUGACUAAAGAAGAAGAGAGAGCUGUCAAAGAUGAGCUACUUGGGGAGAAGGCAGAGGUGAAACAGAAGUGGGCCAGUCGUCUUUUGGCUAAGCUAAGAAAGGAUAUUAGACCUGAAUGCAGGGAAGACUUUGUCCUAUCAAUCACCGGGAAGAAAGCUGCAUGUUGUGUCUUAUCAAACCCUGACCAGAAAGGCAAAAUGAGACGCAUAGACUGUCUCCGACAAGCUGACAAGGUGUGGAGAUUAGACCUGGUGAUGGUUAUCCUUUUUAAAGGAAUCCCACUGGAAAGCACAGAUGGUGAACGGCUGGUGAAAGGAGGCCAGUGCUCCAAUCCAGUCCUCUGUGUCCAGCCUCGACACAUCUCUGUCUCUGUCAAGGAGCUCGACCUCUACCUUGCUUACUAUGUGCAAGAGAGAGAGGCCGAGCAGAGCAGCAGUCCCAGUCGCACUGGUGUGGGUUCUGAUCAGGAGGACAGUCGAACUGCCACCAUGGAUGGUCCAGAGUUCCAGGAGAGUUUUGUAACAUCAGGAGUUUUUAGUGUUACUGAGCUUGUUCAGGUCUCGAGAACUCCCGUUGUAACAGGAGUAGGGCCUGGUUUCUCUGUGGGGGAGCUCCAGGGUCAUCUGGCCUAUGAUCUCAACCAGUCUGUUAACCAGCCAGUCAGUCUCAGACGAUCACUGGCCAGCACCUCAUCCAGCGGGAGUAAACGUCAUAAGUCUGGCUCUAUAGAGGAAGAGGCUGAUAGUCCAGGUGGGGAGUAUUACCAUUCACCUUCCUCACCAGCCAGCAGCUCCAGGAACUGGACUGAUGACAUGGAAGGAGGGCUGUCUCCCCCGGUGAAGAAGGCAGAACUGGACAGUCCUUCUCCCCAGGAAGACUCACCAAGAAUGGGUUCCUUUACUCAGCACCACCGGCCUGUUAUAGCUGUUCACAGUGGUCUGUCCCGGAGUCCACAUCCCUCCUCAUCUCUUCAUUUCCCAUCUUCCUCCUACUUCCCCCAUGGAGCGAUCCGUUAUCCUCCUCAUCUUGCCCAAGACCCUCUAAAGGAUCUGGUUUCAUUAGCCUGUGACCCUGCCAAUCAAACCCCUAGCUCACUGAAUGGAAGUAACCAGGUCAAAGUGCCCAGUCACUACAUCUCGUCACAAAUGUUGGCACCCCCUGGACCUGCACCCUCUCUGGCGAGUCCCCCAUCCUCCCUUUCUAGGCCGACCCUUCCUACAGAGUCAAAAGCUACUACCACGUCCUCUGAUGCAGGAGCAAACUCCCCCACAUCACCCACAUACUCUGCCCCGGGGACCCCUCCAGCUAAUCGAUCAUCCUUCGUGGGAGUCACCCCUCGAGACCCAGGUGGACUCUACCAAGCGCAGUCUUGGUAUUUGGGCAACUGAGGGAACUUUGGAGGAAACGUGAUUGUCAUGACAGUAAACUUCUGGGGGGGAAAAAUCAUGUUGUGAAGACAUUUCCAGAGGAAAAAUGUAUUAACCUCUGGUCAUACAUAUAUAUAAAUAUACGUUGCAAUAUAUUUAUAUAUGUGUAAAGAGACGUCCUGGAUGGAAGAAGGAUGCUGGGCUCUCUCAGCCGUUUUAUAUCCCCAGAAUGAACUAUGCUUUAUGACAUUACAUGUUUGUCACAAAUGGCAUAUUUUCAAAGAAAAGUAACGACUUAAUGCAGAGGUUUCAUUGGUCCAAAUGAACUACAGACCAGAACCAGGCAUCAACACAUCAGAUUCUCAGAAGCCUGAAACUUAACUGUGUCCCCAGGAUGAGUCCUGUUUCCCUGGGAUGGAUGUCAGCCUUGACCCCUGUACCCUGGAUCUCGACACUAAGUCAACUACAAGGCCUAUAUAGACCUCAUCCCUCCCUCAACACUUAAAAUGCCCCACUCUCCGCUGCAGGUGCUGCUUAUAAUAUAUGCAAAUAAGCCUCCUUUAAUUUCUGAACCGACCAGAAGAGGUUGUUAAUAUUUAAUGUUUAUUUGCACUUUUUAAGUAUGUCAUUGAUACGUCUGAAGAAAAUUACAAGCUGAAUAGCGCAGUUUCUUUCACUCUUCCCAACAAAACACAGAGGCUUCAUCUUUUUUAUUGACAAUCAUCCACCUGAAAUUAUUUAGUUGCUUUGCAAGGCUCAUGUUUGUAAGACUGUUUGAUUGUGCUCUUUGGUAGAAAACAACGAGUAAUAGUGGAAUAUAAGAGCUAUAUUCAUGCCUCCUCCUCCACAGCACACAAUGCUACAGCUGAAAGCAAGUGUGGAGCAAGGCCCAGUUUUACUAUGCCAUGUUAGAGUGCAUGAGUGGGCCAUGACCUCAGUUCCAAACGUACAGUGUUUGACAUUGACGUGACUUCCUCAGUAGAAUUAUCAAAAGGCAAACACAUACCUGGAUGAUGUGGCAGCACAGCCAGCAGUACAUUGGCUGCUGAAUGUGGCUGAACUGUAGCCUGGUUGUGUAAUGUAGUGUGCGUGUGUGUCUGUAGAUGAUUGUGUAUGAGAAUGUGAUGGUUCCUGCAUUUCCACACUCAUUCCUGCUUUGAAGAGAUGUCCUGUAGUUUCUGUUUGUCUCAAAAUGACAGGAUCUGUGUUUGUGUGUGGGUGGGUUAGAAAGAGAUAAAGCAGGUGCUGCACUAUGAUUACAGUAAAAUACGUUUCUUUCAAAAGUUAUGAUGUGGUAUGUUGCCAAGCUGGAGGUUUAGCAGACUGUUUUUUGUUUUUGAUGAAGGUGUUGAUGCUGAUGAGCAUGUUAUGCAUAUAUGACUUGAACUGUGGACAAAAUCUGGGUGUGUCGUCUAGCUGUAGAAUAAGUGGUGGUCCCUGACAAGUUCUGCUCUGUGUAGUUCAACCCCAACCCAAUCUGAACAACGUGUGAUGGAACAGCAGCAGUAGGGUUUGAUUUGGGACUGGGCUGGGCGACACAGGUGAACAGAAGAACGGUGCUAGAGUUGUUUUCCAGUUUGAAGUGCCAACAUCAACAAAUUAAGCAUUUUAAGGUAGGUCGAGCCCUUGGUUGUCUGUGUAAAUGUUGAUAUAGAGUUUGCAUUAUUGCUUGCGAGGCAAAGCAGUGUUCUGUUAUCGCUGACGUUUCACAGCUUCAGUUAUCAAAUACAUUUCUAUAGUGGUCUACUGAAAGGCUUGCAAGCUACAUUUUAACAUUGACUGAAAUCUUCAGAAACAUUUAAAAAGGUGAAAAAACAUAACGAUGAAAGAAGGAAUAAAAUGAGGAUCAGAUUCUUGAAUGCACCUUAAACAUCAUCAGUUCUGGCAAAUAAAAUUCAUUGUAAACUCUAAAAGAAACUGUAGUAGACAUGUGCACCAUGGCCCUUUGGUAAAUCUUACACAAUGUCAUUUGUGUAAGAUAAUGUUACAUGUUGACAAUGUCAAGAUUUUUAAGAAGUAAUACAUUAUAGUCUGUGCCAUAAUUUAUUUCUAAGAACUGGUGAGUCUAAAGCAGUUUCCUAAACACUUGUUAUUUUUCCGUGGAUGUAACGAUGUAAAAAUGUGUUUUUGAUAGUGCAAUCUGAUUGGAUACCACACGAGAAGAGUUUCCGAGUAACCUGUAUUAUUCACAGGAAAUUUUCUGCUGGAUUGUUUCUGCAGUCCGUCAGUUUUUUCCACUUGCUUUCUGUGCACAGAGAGUAAGAGAAAACUCCAGACAUAGUUCCUUGGUGUAGUUGUUGUAGGCUGUUUUCAUGACCCACAUUUGUCUCCAUCUCCUUGGAAACAAAUAUUCUUAUUGGAAGAAAGUUUUUUUUUAAAGUGUCCCCACUGCUGUGGUCUGACCAAUGACAGUUUUCUUCAAGUCCUAUGCUUCAGCACCUUCAAUGCGAAAUAAUAAAAUGGAUAUUGGUUCAGAGAGCCAUAUAUUUUCAGCUUUAACUAGGAAACCCAAUGCUCCCUAGGAUGUAGGUCUGAACACUUUCUGUUCUCAGAAAAGAAAACAGAAUCUUGCAGAGCUUUGUUUCCACGUUCUAUGGAAAACUUACCCGAGGACAUUUUAUCAUUCAGCAGGACAAUGAUUCAAUUCUAUAAUAUUCACAUAGCACCAGUUUACGACAACAGUUUUGUCUUUAUAUGGUAAGGUAAACAUUAGGAUAUAAUACAGUGAAAAAAAGGGGAGGAGAAGUGCAUGUGCCCCAGCACCAUUUAGCCAUUUGAAUUUGUCAUGUGGCUCAACAGCACUAAAACUGGCUCAGUAGAUAAAAUAAAUGUUUGCAGUGUGUUCUAAUAAUAGUCCGUAAAGGAAGCAUAUAUAAUGUAGGUACUGGUCCCAGUACAGAAUCUAAUGGAACUUCAUGACUGACUUUUUUGCGUGAGGAAGCUUUGUUUACGUGAUUAAUUCUGAACCCCUAAGCUUGUGGCGCUGUGUAUUUAAAAGGGUUUAUGCUCAGACCUGCUCAAGUUAAAGCAGAGGCUUUAAAGAGAAUGUGCUGAAGUUCAACAGCUGAAGAAGAUAGAAAAUUGCUUCACUGGGCUUCCAGUGAACUGUUAGCAAAGCAGGUGGUAUAGUCAGUGGAAAUAUUGGACCCAGGAUUUCCAGUGAUAUUUACAGUUUUGAUCAUGCAAGAUAUUACUUUGCACUGGAAGCAAACAUCUGUGGGAUCAUGCAAACGCCUUGCACCAAAAUGCACCAAGCAGCAGAAAAAGACAGCAGUUCACAGAUAUGGACAGGCUUCACGCGUGUGUUUGUACAGCAAUUCGGACAAAAAACAGAAAUUCCAUUUUAACAUUUUCCUUCUGUUUCUCCUGCCUCCUGUUGUCUUUACAUUUAUAAAUGCUUGUGUGAGUUACUAUGGGAAUGGGCAUGAAUGAUCAAUUUCUAAGGAAUCUUACUUGGACGUGUCCCCAUAUAAUUUGAAUCUUAUAUCUUGAAAUUUGAUUUGAUCUUGUCUGUUUUCUGUCAGGCCACACCUAAAAUGUACUUUACCUUGCAUUAGAACAGAGAUGUCGGUGCAUUUCCUUUUUCUUUCCCACGGUUUGGGGGCUAUAGCUAAGUUAAUUUAGUGCCUACAAGGGAUCAAUGACAUGGACAGAAAGUGUUGAUAUGAACUGGAUUUUAGUUUAAGGUUCAGUUAAAGUUGUCUUAAAGCUGAUGUAUAUUGCAUGGUGCUGUCCUGGUCGCUGUGCUGACCUAACCAAUGCAUGGCUCAACUUGAUAAUACCUCUCCAUCUCUGUCUUGCUCUUCCUCAUCCUUCUUUUCCUCCCUCUGUUCUGCAGACUACAUCAGAGGGAAGUGGAUGGAAGGCUAUAUGUUUCUUUGAAUUUAAUAAUAGCUCUGUUGUUAAACUUUUGCACGAUAUUUCGUAAAACACAUUAUGUGCCUUGCCUUUAGUUAAAGAACAGUAAUAUUUUAUGGAAACAUGAUCAUAUGUUUCACGGUACAAAAAAGCUGCAUGUGUGAUUACUCGACAUUAACCAGUGUAGCAAGUGCACAUUUUUUGGUUGUGGUGGUGCGCCACCUGAGAUAGUAACUUACGGCUAAGCUCUAUGAAAGCUUCCACUAGCUGUUUAUCAUCUACUCUGUUAUCCUAAAGAUAGAGCAAUUUUUACAGUGUGAAAGGAAGUGUGUGAAACUUUGCGGAAAUAUGCUCUUUUUACUGUCGUAUGAAGAAAACAACUUUGUUCCCUAAAUAAUAUACAUUUGGUUGCAAUUAAGGUAGCUCAGCUGUUAUAUCAUGACCUACUGAAAGUGUGAACUUGGUCUGUAUGGCCCCAGUGACGCAGGCCUGGAGAUCAGUUGACUACCAUCUGGCAACUACACAUGAGAAAAACGUGUCCUCGGCUACUCCGAGUGGUAGUGAAAAGUGCCACACAAACCGGAAAUGGACAACCUGUGCCGUCCAACUAAAAGUUUUGCCUUUUACAGCUGGUUGGCUGAAGCAGUGAGGCUUGACUUUUACUUUGAAGGCUAAUGUCCUGUCUUUUCACUUUGCAUAGCAAGUUUUGCUCUUGCGGGUGUAGUGUUUAGAGACAACUUGGCAUCUUCCAUGCAAACUACUGUGGCAGUCUGCUAGCAUCUAAAGCAAUCACAAGGAAGGUUUUGAUGCAGCACCAUCUGUGUGAGCAAUUUCACCCAGCAACAUCUGGUUGGGAAAUAUUCAUUUUUCACUGGAAGGUUCCCAGAAGUUGACAGGUCUCUAGGCUGGUGUGACUGAGGCCUAAGUGUGAGAACUGUAGACUGUGAUCCAGCCUCCAAGUAUAUACACCUGCUGUCAUAUAUAUCAUUUAGGUCCCAUGCUUGAUUUAUUGCAACAAAAACACGUGAACACAUGGAAAAGACUGCAGUUCCCAGUAUUUUCCCAGUUCCUUUAGACUCUGUGGAUUUUUCUGGUGUUAUCUGAGAUACUCAGGUGUUGCCUGCACUCAUAUAGCUGAUUGGAUUCAGUGGCUGUGCUGUUUAAGGCUGGCGUGUAGGCUGAGGUGUCUGUGGGCUAAUGUAAGUGAACAUUAUUGGUGUUGCUAUGUGUAAAGUCACAUGCACACAUUGUUUGAUAUUUGCUUAGAUAUGUGUUAUAUGAAAAUGUGGACACCGUUGUGUUGUAGUAAAAUGUUUUUUCUGGGCGUGGUUAAAUAUGGAUGGAAGCUUUGAUUUGAAAAUACACUUUGCAGAGGCUAAAACAUGGGUUGAGAAAGUCAAGUCUGGUGGUAAGUCCUGCCUAAAUGUUCGCAAUACAAACAAAAGCCAUUUUCAGAGGCACUGCUCAGCUCUAUCUACUUAACGUUUUAUUGUCCCAUGUUAGAUGCAUAUAGACACAUUUAAAGGUUCUUAUUGCAGGGAAAAAUCUUGUUGGGCUUUAGCUAGUAUGGCCACGUAUGGUUGCCAUGUAAUGGAAGCAUGUUAAACAUGUACAGGUUUAGAUUUCAGGGCUUUGCAGCUUUAUGACUGGUGAUGAGAACACCGUCCAAUUGCCUAUAUGACGACUUUGAUCCUGUUACUCAGCAUGUGAUAAAAGGCCAUAAAUAACUUUGAGUUAACAUUAUUUUUACUCAUCUUCGCUUUAGGUUAUUUUUAGGUUUUCCUUGGGUUAUUAUUACUUUGCUUUAGAAUUAUAGUUUUAAACACAUCAGUGUGUAUAAAAAUAUAUACAAAAUGCACUUAUUAGUUAUCAAGAUGUAUAGAAUGUUUAAAUCAUUUGUGGCUGUCUUACACAGUAAGUGGAAACCAUGAAAUGGGGAAAAUUGUGUCUCUUAGAGAAAAAUGUGGACAACAAAGCUGUUUGGUUUGGACGUCAACUGAAGUGAAAUGACACAAUGCACAACUGCUAAGACUUCACAAUCUCCUAAAUGUGUCAUUGUGAUAAAGAAAUGUUGACAGUGAUGUCACAUGUAGCAAUGUUUUUGUAAUACAUAAAUUAUGUCCUGAAAUAUUGAAACUUUUUUAUAGGAUCGAGCUGUUUGAAAUUACUCAUUGGGCUUGACUAAUGAAAUGCUUCUUCUUACUGUAGCACCACACUUAUAAGAAUAUGGCCUUAUUUUUGCAAGCGUCAAUGAAGGUUGAGUCAACAGUUAAAAAUAUUUAGGUCAAGUACUUGUGUGCAGAAAUGGUAUACAUAGAAAAACAAGGAAUAAUUUAUCCAAAUAUUUUGGUGAAAAUUAAACGAAAUAGGGCUUAAAAAAGCAUUCAGUCUUGGACUAUACUGGUCCAUCGCUGCUUCAAAAAUAAAGGUCUUCACCACUGACAUGUCAUCCAUAAUAGGGCAAACACUGACAGAGAGAGAAUGGCAGCACCGUGACGCUCUAGCAAGUUAGAAAAGAGCAAUAUCUGGUCAUUUUAUUGCACAUCAGUUGCACAAACACUUUUACCCGCUGAGGAUGGUGAUGGUAUGGGAGCUUAUAGGGCGUGCCCUCAGGUAUUAGUUUCUUCACACACAGACCUAAGACUUGUAGCAAUACAGCAAGAACCCACCAAUCCUGGUCAGGUGUACAACUUUAGCAAAUCAGAGGAUCCUCAGAGACCUCCUGAUGGGAGUUCCAUCAGAAAUUAUGAGCCAAAGUGGAAAGUGUAAUGGUUGCUGCAAGAUCAUAGAUCGAAGCUGAGUGGUAGAAGCUUUAAUUCAGGGCUUUAUAUGGACUUUGAUAGUGGCUGUGAUUAUAAACCUUAAAUAACAUGUAUUUUGGCUUGAAUGAUAUCUAGUAACCUGACUAUGGUGAUAUAUCCAAAACUGUAUGAAGACAGACUGUGUUGCUUGUACGGUUACCAAAUCUUUAUGUACUUUACUUAAUGUUAAAACGAUGAAGCAGAGUAUUAACCUAUGAUGGGUCUGAUUGCGGUUAAGUUGUGAUGAGGCCCACUAUUUGCAAACAUGUUUUUUCCUCACGCGUAUAGGAAAUAUAGAACUUGCUUUUAGAUUUAGUUGCUUUAAAAGUUUCAAAUACAUUUUUAACAAACAUUACAGCCAAAAAUGCCCAUGCAAAAUGUGCAAGUGGUUUACAAAAAACUGUACAAGCUUUGGAGUUGUUCCUUCUCCUCCAGCUGACGACCACGAUAGAAACUCACGCAAACCUCCACCUGUGGAAAGAAUGUACGCACAGUUUACUGGCACGUGACUUAAAAUCCACAUUUUGGAUGCAAUGCUGUCAGGAAACAGUGUGAACUGUUGAUGUGCGUCUUCAUUUCUGUUUCCCACCAAAUGAAAACCUGACAACAGGAUGCCUAAGUAACACACUCACUCUGCUGAGUGGAAGACACUGUUAAGGUGAUAGCAUUUCAAGCUUGUGCAGCAUGUUUACACAAUGUUUUAAAUAGAGGUCUAUCAUAAUCAAAUCAUCAUAUCAUAAAAUACUGAAAUCAAGAUCAAAUUGAUCAAGAAUUACAGCUAUUAAUUAAUCAUAAUUGGCAUGUGAUGUGUCUUGAUAUUAUGAUCUUUCUUUUUUUUUUGCUAUAAAAUUCAACUUUAAAGAAAGCGACACACCAGUUCAGGCUCUCAUGCAGACACUGUCCUCUUACCGAAAGUGUACAGACAUGCAAACUCAUCAAGUUCCUCGCUCUAUUCAAAUAAACCAGCAGGGCAGCAGCAACUGAAAAGUUCUACCAAAAACAAUGUCAAUAAGCAGUGCCUAUCACUUUACUGUUGGAGGUAUUUUGUAAGCUGUAGGUGUUGUUUUCAGACCCUACAUGGUUUGGUGACAAACAGCGUUGCCCUCACCGGUGCAGGUCCUGAAGUAACAAGCCAUACAACAAACCAAAGAGUUGAAGGAAAUCUAGAGAUAACACUGAGUGUGCAUUUUGGGGGACACUAAAGUUCAGAGGUUUUGCAGUUUAUGGUACUUCAUGUUAUGCUGUACUACGUUCGGGGCCUACAGCUGUGUUCUAUUUUCAGCUUUUAUAGGUCACGCGUGAAAAACAUUAUAAAUGCAGCACAAAUGUGAUGCCACAUUACAAACGGAGCAUCUGUAUCAGUUGAUUUAUCCACUGUGCUGUCAGUGCAUGGAGGUCUGUAUUAUCAUUAUUAUGCAGUUAUAAUAAUGUGUCAGUUGUAGUAAUCAGCUCUGUGAUUUGCUUUCACCCACUGUCUACUAUUUCCCCCUGCAAGCUAGCUCGCUUCACCGUCUUUUGUAAGACCCCACCCCCGCGAACACGCACACAAACACACAGUGCAGUAAAUACAUGCAUAUUUAUUUUGUGCCACAGAUACAGACUGGCGUUAACUGAGCGUGGGGUUGACUUGGUUCCCUCUAGAUUUUUUUGAAACUCUGUGGUUUAAAGACAAACAAGUGCUGUUUAGGCGGCCACUGUUAUUAUAGUUCAAAUUCUGAUAAUCAAUGUAUGUGUCCAUAUAUUUCAUGUUACACUGCAUCACACCAUAGUCCAAACUGCUCGAUGAUUGUGAUUAGCAGGUCAUGUUCAGUAUUGUGAACAGCUGUUUCUGAGCAAACAGUCGUACUGCAGGUGGUACUUCCUGUUUUUUAGUUUCACGGCUGCAGAUGAUCAGAUGUUGAACUGUUUGCUGUAUGAGGAACAAAGGGACUGCAGAGGGCUCUUUUCUAUGAACUAUCAAUGAUAUUCAAUGCUCUACCCUACUGCUGCUGUUUCCUGGAACAACUCCAUUGAUUUGGUGACUCCAAUAUGUGUUUCUUUUUUUUGCUGUUACUUGAAAUGCAUGUUUGCUUUUUAAUUUUUUUAAUGGCCUUUGAAAACCUUUCCUGUAAUUCAGACUUACAGCAGGAAACCACACUUGGUUACUAAAAAUGGGAUUGUAGAGCUGCAGGUUUUCCCCUGACAGUGAUGCCAUAUUGAUUUGUUUGUAUAACUGAAAGUACAUUGCUACUGCACAGUUUACUCCAUGUGCUCAAGAUAGUAUGUAAUGAAUGAAAGUUUUUUUUCUCAGAGAAUAUUUGAAUGCAUAUUUGAACCUUUUUUUCCAUCAUAACUUUUCCAGAUAUUAUAUUAAAAAACUGCUUGCUUGCUUCCAGACAUAUAUCCCUUACAUCAGAGAAGGCAUAGGCAUUAAAACAUGUCAUCAGUUAUUGCAUGACUGCAAUUCACAUAGACUGUCGUCCUUUUCACAUUAACUCUAUAGUUGGAAUUGAGUUAGCCACGUGAUAACAACAACAAAAUCUUUUUAUCACUUAAAAUGGGCAUGCAUGAUGCACACUGAGGUACGCUGGUACCUAAAAAUAACAACGCUGCAGUGAAGCAGAGAGCGGUCCCCUGUUACAGCGAUAUGGGAACGCCUCUGUGUUCAUUAUUGUGUACUUUGGUCACAGUUUUAACAUCUGGAUAGAGCUGAGUCCAUUCCAUUCCAUAUUGGAAAGCUGAAGUUCUGACAUUAAUCCUGACCUCGAGAUUUACUGUGGAAAGGGCUGCUGCUUCAAGCAGAAAGUAGUUUCUUGGCAGCUUUACCGAGCCUUUUAAGUACUUUUUACUAUGUGGAUUUUUUGUUUUUUUGUUUGUUUUUCAGCUGAAAUUAUUGUCAGUCAUAUAUUUUUGCAUGGCAUAAACUAAAGUCUCGCACUUACCGGUCUGAUCCCCUUUGAAUGUAUAAUGUUUGCGUGAAAGCCGUCUGAACCAGUGUUUAUGACCUUAUGUUAUUCAUCUGUUGUGGGGGAUAUUCAACCUUUAGAACCACAUUUAGACAUUGCUAUUGACAGAUUCUAAUGAAGUCAUUUCUGGAAAUGAGUAUGUUUCCCUAUGCAAAAAUAUACCAUUAAUAAACAUGCUAUUCUAAAACUCA